AUGGACGCCUCCUCCCUCCGCAUCUCCAAGUUCGAUGGAACUAACUUCCACGCCUGGAAGUUCAAGAUGCAGAUGGUGCUGGAGGAACGGGACCUAUGGGAGGUCGUCAGCGGUGAGAUCAAGGCGGAACAGUGCGAGACUCAGUUGGACCAAGCGACGUACAAGAGGAAGUCAAGAAAGGCGAUGGCAGUGAUCUGUCUAGCCAUGGAAGAUUCCCAGCUACCGUUGGUCCGGUCGGCAAGUGGUGCAUGCGACGCAUGGUCAAGGUUGGAAGACCACUUCGAGAAGAAGAGUCUUGCCAACAAGCUGUUCUUGCGCCGUCGCUUCUUCACGACAAUGAUGGAAGAAGGCGACGAUGUGCUCGAACACAUCAACAAGCUCAAGACGCUGGCGGAACAGCUAGAAGCGGUGGGGGCUCCAGUCUGCGAGGACGAUCUGGUGAUCACACUCCUCGGCAGCCUGAGUGACUCGUAUCAAUUCUUGAUCACAGCUUUGGAGUCGCACUCAGACACUCUUAGCUGGGAGCUCGUGACGUCUCGACUGCUUCAUGAAGAAAUGAAGCGGAAGGAGCAAGGAAGUAAAGGUGAUGAAGCUUCGCAAGGUCAAGCGUUCAUCACAAGGGACAAUCAGCGCAAAGGGCGACCAGUGAAGAAGUCCUGGCCGUGCCACAAUUGCGGAAAGAUUGGUCACUGGAUGGCGGAGUGCCCCUCGCGCAUCCAAGAAAACACGGAGAGACACCGGCCACAGCGUGCUCAAGACAGCGGCGACCGCUAUCGAUCACAACGUGCAAACGUCGCUCAAGAAGAAGACUCGGGCGACUACCUCUUUUCGAUCGGUGAAACGACAUCUGCGAAAUCGAGCGACAUCUGGCUGGUCGACUCCGGGGCGACGCAGCACAUGACGUGCUCCAAGAAGUUCAUGCGGAACUACAAGGGGUUUGACGCUGUGGAUGUCCAUCUCGCGGAUGAUGGAAUCGUCCAAGCAAUCGGCAGUGGGGACAUUGUCAUGUCGAUGAAGACACCCCAAGGGAUGAAGAAAGGUGUGCUCACAAACGUGUGGCACAUCCCAAAGUUAUCCAGAAACCUGUUCUCGGUCGGCCGCUUCACCAAGGAUGUCGGCCCAGUGACGUUCACGAAGGAUGGGUGCUAUGGAGAAGCGAAAGGGACCAAGUGGAAAAUUGGUGCCCGUGAAGGUAAAGGACUGUUCAAGCUGCAAAUGACUCCAGUGGCGCCGGAACAAGCAAAUGCAGCCAAGUCGUCGGGAUGUCAAGGGGGCACCAAGUCGUACCUCUGGCACCUUCGGCUUGGCCACAUAGGUCACGAUGGACUCAAUUGCAUCGUGACGAAGAACAUUGGAAUUGGCAUCGACAUAUCUUCGGUGAAGAAGUGGGACGUGUGUGAAGGUUGUGCUCUGGGAAAACAGACUCGAGUGCGCUUCCAAUCAAACACUACAGCUCGCACCUCCAAACUCCUCGAAGUGAUUCACAGCGACGUAUGCGGACCGAUGUCGAUGGCAACUUUCAGUGGAAAACGGUACUUCGUGACAUUCAUUGAUGACAAGUCAAGAUACUGUGUCGUCUAUCUGCUCAAGAGCAAAUCUGAAGUUGCGGCGAAGUUCAUGGAAUACGCUGCGAUGGCCGAAACGCAAACCGGAAAGCGCGUGAAGUACCUUCAAAGCGACAAUGGGGGUGAAUACAAGUCCGACAAGCUGGCACGAUUCUGCGCGGAACGGGGAAUACAACAAAGGUUCACCCCCCCCAUAUACUCCUCAGCUAAACGGAGUAGCUGA